AUGGCUACAAACGACCUUCUUCGUCUCCCAGAACGCUCUGGAGGCACCCAUUAUCUCCUCUCGCAUAUAUGGGCCACCUCACUCAUACGACAGCUCAGUGUCACCAAAGACUUCAACCCAGGUGCACAACCGACAAACUACAUGAAUCUUUCAGAGGAGAACCGCUCUGCAAUCCAGUACCACAUAAAUCAACUCAAUCGCAAUUCGUUUGACCCUCGCCACGCUGUCUGGGCCGUAAACAAUGUCUACCUUCUCCGUGGGGAGCUCCUAUUUGUCGCGGAGAACUUGACGGCCGUCCCCCGCCCACGUUCACGCAGAGGUCAAUCCCGUGCUCUGCUCCAUCUGGCAUCUGCCCCCGGGGAUCUAUACGAGGUCAAAUCACAACUGGUCGUGACAGACGGGUUUCAACCAACAGACUCGGUAUACCCCUACUUUUCAGUCACCAAGUUUUGGCGGAAGGCGAUCAAGACUGAGCUGCAACGCCUCAACAAUCAUUCAGAAGACCUCAGAGAUCAUGCCUGGGCACUCGAAUCGAUUCAUUCCGUUACUCAAGGCAAGCCAGCAGAUGUCGUGGGCGUGAUCAUGGUCCUACGAUGGAUGAGUACCGAACCCGCCGAUGCCCCGAUGGCAGGCAAUUAUUCCCCGAUGGUCCACUCAUCCAGACCGUCGCCGAGACAAGAGCCGGAGCGCGAUACUAAUCUCCUUACGCUUCCACCAUACUCUCUCUCAUGA